AUGAGAUUCCACGAGUUCUCUCGAAAGCGAAAUUGGGUAAAUCCCACCGACGCGAAGGACACGGCAAUGAUGUACGCCUACGGAACGACAAUGGAUACCUUUUCAUGGCAACAGUCUCUAGGUUAUGGUUCACACUUCAGUGAUCACAUGAGCGGCUACGCCCUUGGCUUUUUGCCUUGGAUGGCUUCUAGCUUCUACCCGGUAAAAGAGAGGCUCAUCAACGGCGCUGACACGGAUCCAGAGGCUCCAUUUCUCGUCGAUAUUGGCGGGAAUGUGGGCCACGACCUAGAACUGUUUCACAAAUUCCACCCCGAGGUCCCAGGAAAAUUGAUCCUUCAAGAUCUACCUGUGGUCAUAGGUCAAAUUCAGGAUCUAGAAUCGUCUAUUCUCCGCAUGGAGUAUGACUUCCACACGAAACAGCCCAUAAACGUGGCCCUAGCCACCGGUGUGUUCUUGAAGGCUCUCCACCAAAGAGCGAACUUCUAUGCGGCAUGUGUAUAUCUCUCGCAGAGUAGUGCGAAUCUGAUGAUCUUAACGAAUUUAUGUCUUCUCGUCACCGGAUUUGUCCUUUUCUGGUUACAGCGACUUCUAUACGGGCCUUUGCGACCCAUCGAAACCGAACAAUUGUAUGAGCGGGCGUGGUUCGCCGUUACCGAGACAUGCUUGGCCAUGACCAUCUUUCGGGGCGAGCUUGGCGGCUGGUUUCUGGUCAUGUUCAUCUCACUCCUGGUUGGAAAGGUCUGGGGAUGGAUUGGAGAAGGCCGAGUCGAAUACCUGGAGCAACAACCCCCGGCAAACCCUCGGCUCUUUCAUACACGCCUCGCCACCUCGUUGGUGUUGUCGGUUCUCUUCAAUGCCUUCAUGUUGCGGUAUUGCAUCAACACGGUUAUACAUCAAGCGCGCCCAGAUAUGAUGGUCAUGUUCGGGUUUGAGUUCGCAAUCUUGACCAUUCUGUCAAGUUCCACCACCGCUCGCUAUGGAAUCGCGUUGGUGGAAAUCUACGUGACCCGCCAACAAUUGAAGGUAAGGAUGGACGAGCGCCGAGCAGAGAUUCGGGAAGCAAGGUUGGAAGCAAUCCGAGAGCACGCGCGCGCUGGAGAAAGCUCCCCGCCUGCAGACCUUCCCGAUGAGAAUGAUAUCAAUGAGCUUGAGAUUGAUGUCCCCGGAUGGGAGGAAAAGGGCAGAUGGGUCUUCUAUCUCGAUCUUUUGACCGAUUUUGUCAAGCUCGUGGUCUAUUUGGUAUUCUUCGCCAUUCUUCUUACCUUCUAUGGCUUGCCUAUUCAUAUUUUGCGCGACGUUGUACCCGGAUGCAAGCCCGGAGGAGGUUGCCAGGAAGAAGUCUGCAUUAUUUGCCGCGAGGAGAUGGUCUCUGUUCUGCCAGCUGCCGCUGCCGGUGAUGCUGCUGGAGAAGCUGCUCCGCCACCAGCCGCUAGUACACAGCGUGUUCCAGACCGUCUCCGCCCCAAGAAGCUUCCUUGUGGUCAUAUUUUGCACUUUUCGUGUUUGAGGAGCUGGCUGGAACGACAACAGAACUGUCCUGCUUGUCGGCGACCAGUGGUCGGUGCUGCGGCUGCGGCCGCUCGAGGACCUGCUGGUGCGAAUGCCAACAAUGCUGGCAACGGUGCUGGUGGGUUUCCUCCAAACCCCGCACCGGGCCAGCCAGGUGCACAAGUUGACGGGGCGCCCAGAGCUCGCGUCUACCAGUUCGGUCCUUUCCGGAUCGGGUUCGGCGCUGUACGCGGUGGGGAUCUGUUCAAUAAUCUUCACCAGCAAAUCCAUCAGGGAAAUGUGCCGUUGCAACCCGCGGCAAAUGCCAAUCCACAAGGAGCACGUCAGGUCGGAUUUGGAUUCGGAUUUGGUCGUCGCCCACCCGUACCUACAGCCCAUGGUCAACAUCAUCAUAUCCCAACUUCCAACACCGCCGAUGUCCAUACUCAGCUGCAACAUAUUGAGCAGCAAAUAACUCAAGAGAUAAUAUCUCUGCGUGCCGUUACCGAACAGUUCCGCCACGUGCGCAACCUUCAACAAGAGUUAGAUCGACUGCGUCGAGAACAUGCCAAUAUCACUGGUCCAACAGCAACAUCUCCAGCAGCCGCCACACCACAACCUGGACUAUCGGGAACAUCAGCACGUCAGUUUUUCGCUGGGCCUGGCUCCUCUGUUCUGUCUGCUGGAGAUAGCCGCUUGCCGGAAGGACUUAACCUUCCGCCAGGUUGGACACUUGUCCCUCUCCAGCCCACCGAGCAAAACAGCCAGAACGUGCCGCCAGCACUUAGCCCCACGCCAACAACAAGCAUUUUACCAAGCGCACAGUCACCAACUCGGGUGCAUCAGCCUCCCCCGAAUGGCAGCAAUGAGGCCACCGGAAGCACCGCGCCGAUUAUAACGCCAGAAAUAUCUACGGCCGAGACGCAGUCAACAGUACCUACUCAAUUGCCCAGUUGGGGAAUGCCAAAUGAAUCAUCAGCAACGGACCACCGGGCAGACUCACCGUCCCAAGAAUGGACAGAUGUACAGUCUGAGCAAGUACCAGAGACAGGUCCAUCUACUAUUCCAACAAGCUGGGGUAGCAAUGCCCAACCUGCAAAGGAAGCAGCGGAAGAAGACAGCAUAUCUUCCGAAUCUGCAUCAAAGGGCAAGGCUCGCGCAGCCACAGUGGAAGAGGCAGACGAAAAUGGCCCCUAA